AUGGGUACGCAGGCUCCAAGUACUCUUCCUCGUGGUGGGUCUCUUCUACGAGCGUUCUCGCCGGCGGCGCCUCCUGUGCCUGCCGAUCGUGCCAAAGCAAUGCCAGCUGCUGGUCCCUCUGCGCCCAGCAAACCGGUGCGCUCUUACGUCCCGGGGAGCGGGUCCGAACGGUGUUUCCCCUUCGCCGCUGUCGAAUGCCCUCGCGGUACCGAUCAACUAUACUCUAUCCCUGCUCAUUCUGGGGAUGGAUAUAUGUCGUCCCCCGAACGUAUCGCUCCGCGGCAGCCUUACGAAGAUCCAUACUACACCCAGUUCCUGGGUCCGGCCGCCGUGAGACCUCCUAUUGCUCCGAUCAUUGAUGAAGAAACCAAUGAAACGGUAAUAAUAGAUGAUGCCUAUCAAAUGUAUGGUGUCAACCCAAUAACAACUGCGCCGCGUCCAAUGCCGCGACCUCCAUACGACGCCAGGCUUGGUCCUCCAGUGGACGAUAUGCAGCGACUUCGAGUUGAAAAAAUGGAACGCCAACUUGCAAAUCUAACAGGCCUUGUGCAGAAGGCUCUACAGGUCCCAGGUGCGGCGGUGCCAACCACUGCUCCGGCCGCUGCUCCCAGACAGGAGUACCAGACUUACGCGUCUAGACCCGCCACUCAGGAUGCCGCGCGAUUUGCCAGCAACGAGAGACCUCCCAAAUUAGGGAGAGACAGAUUUCAAAAAUCUGUUUCUUUUGAGAAAUCGGUAUCAUUUAGCGAUGAUCCACCAGACAUGAACUCCCCUAAACAACAUUCGCCUCAGCAUUCAGCUGAUACAAAACCAACAAAACCGGCAAUCAAGUCGUCAACAUUGCCACGGACCUCGUCUCAAGAACGUGAUCGGUUGAAGCCAGCUCCCCCACCCAAGCCGGCGGGGCUCGUAGGACAACAACUCGCUAUGGUUCCGCAGCGAACCUACACUCUGAAUGUUCAUCCUGAUUUCUUCAACCAGCUUCGAGUUCUCCAGAAGCAAAGCCGUGAUUUAAGGAUUGAGACACGUAAUCUACGUCGGUCAACUUUAUCUCAUUCGAUUCAGAUGAGACAGAUGAUGGCUGAAUCCAUCGUAAAAAUAGGCGCUCUUGCUGCUAGUUUCCGUGAGGAAGAUCCGGAUUCGCAAUUGACACGCGAAGAAGAGAUCUAUCGCCAAGACAUGUUGCUCUUAGAGAACGAUUUGUAUGAGCUGGAAGCCACUGUUGAACGUCUACGCGGACAAGCUGCUAAUAGGGAGACCCGCGUAAAUAUGGCAGAUAUAGAACGUAUUGCCAUGGUGCUUUCUAAGAGCAGCAAGACUGUUGCUGAUUGGAAGCUUAAAUUUCCAAUUCUGCAAGAAACCAUGAAGGCGAAACUCGCUGCUGAAAUGGAGAAGGUCGUUCGCAAAGAGAAAAUGCUUGAAGAGGAGCCGGAACGCUUAGAACUCGCACUGCGUCGAUGCAAGAAGCUUACUGGAACUCUGGUGACUUUGAAAAGAUUAGCCUGCGUCCAGGAGCAACGAUUGCCAAUCGCAGAUGGACGCGUCUCGCCAACAUCUUCUCAAAGCUCCACCGUCACCCCGGGACCUUCUUCUGAGGAAUACAACUCCGAAAACGCCUGCUCUAUCACCCCAAACACUAACAAGCUCGUUCUCGAUUGCAGAAGCAGCUCACAAACCUCUGGAACCCAU